AUUGAUUGUUUCUUGUAGUAAAGUUACCUCUCACUACCGUCAGCGGAGUCGGCACAUUGGGUCGGCUCCGAUUUCCCCUUUAAGGGAAUACGGUCUUACACGUCGACGUUUUUUGGAGGGAUGGUUUUGCAAAUUGAACUGGAAUGAAAAGUGAGUAGGUGAAGCCAAGCUGGUUGGUUGCAGUAGGUAGGAAGAAGAUAGGGAAUUGGGAUGGGGCUUUAUACAACUGUGAUGGAAGAGAUGACAGAGUACACGGGGCUAUCUCCGGCGGCCUUCUUCACCAUCGCGGCUCUUAUGGUCGUGGUUUAUAAGAUGGUGUGCGGCAUGUUUGUUUCCCCCGAAGAUUUCAAUCAACCCCCCAUCGUUACCGCCGGAAACAUCCGCUCCAACCUUUUUAACUCGAGUUUCUCCGGUACUAAUGAUGGAAACCCGGUCCAAUUGGGAGACAUGAGUGAGCAGCAACUAAGAGCCUACAACGGUUCUGACUCCAAUAAACCCAUCUUAAUGGCCAUCAAAGGUCAGAUCUACGACGUCUCUAGCUCCAGGAUGUUUUACGGUCCUGGUGGACCGUAUGGAAUGUUUGCGGGAAGGGAAGCCAGCAGAGCCCUAGCGCUUCUAUCUUUUAACCCCCAAGACAUUAAUGGUAACCUUGAAGGUCUGGAUGAUUCCGAGCUUGAAAUUUUGCAGGAUUGGGAAGAUAAAUUCAUUGAAAAAUAUGCGAAAGUUGGGCAGCUUGUCCCAGAAGGAACGAGGAUUGAGCACCCUGAAAGUGGAGAUAAAGUUGAAGAGAGUCGGAACCCGCAAGAAAAAGCAAAAGCACAAUAGAGGGGGGAAAUAGGAGUUAGUUUGUUGGCCUAGACUCUAGAGUGAUACAAAGAAAAUGCUUUCAUUUUCUUGGUUUUCUCCUCCCCAUGAGGUUGAGCUUCUGAGCAUAUAGCUGAGGUUUUAAUCAUGUAGUGGGUUGCUGUGGAUGGCAGUAACAAAAUAGAUCUGAGAGCUGAAUAAAUGAGACCCUUUUGAUUGCAUUUUAUUGCUAGGCAGAUGGUUUCCAAAUCUAUAUAUACGAUGUGUAUGGUCAGCAGCAUGUAAUGUAGAACCUGCUCCUUCCCUGUUGAGGGUUUUUCCGUCA